AUGGCGGCUUUCGGUGACAGGGGCGAGCGGACAGGAGCUGUCUCCUCGCUCCGCUCCGCCUUUUCGUCCUUCCCAGGUGCAGGCGAUACUUGCGAAGGCGACGAGGAGAGACGCAGCUGGACCAGAGGACGCGACGAAAGAGACGCCGCGUGCGGAGCCUCGCGCUCCCAGACUCUCUGCGGACGCGGCGACGCCGCCGGGUGUGAAGCAGGGAGAUUCCGCGACGCCGGGGCGAUUGCAAGUUCCUCCAUUCUGAAGAAGGCAGACCUGCCAGCCUCUCCGGGGCGAAGCUCUGCUGAAUCGGCCGGCGACGCUGUCGCGGGACUGACUCGCCGCGUCAGUUGGUACGACGACUGCAUCGACGAGCCUCUCGCUUCCCAGUGUCUCUCUCCGAAGCAUCGGCGCGUGGGGGCGUCUCUCUCCGUGCUCACAAAGAGCCCCAUCCCCGCUCGCCCUCUCCCAAAAGACUUCCACGUCCCCCUCGCAGUCUCCUCGCCUGCCUUCUCCGGCCCCUCCUCGGUGUACCCCGCGACGUAUCCGGUUUCCGCCGCCUCCCCCGCCAUCCCUGCUGCGUUCUCCACCAUUGCCUCGGUGUAUCCUUCCGCUCCGGUGUAUCCUUCCGCGUCGUACUCGUCUCUCUAUGCAGCGCCAGGGCCCUUUUCCGCGGGGCCUUCUUCGCGAAAGGCGCGUCGCGAGGGCGGCGGCCGCCGCAGGAUGGGGAAGAACAAGCAGCGUCGCUGGGUGUCGCACCAACUCUUGGUCGCGGCGCUGCGGCGAUGCAUGUACGAGAGCGGCGAAGACGUGACUGACACGGACGCCGGCGCGCCGGGCGCAGACGCACCUCGCCCCACGUGCUGGCAGCGCCUGCAGAGGAACGCAGCAGCCUACGAAGCCUUCCGAAAAGGCAAAGAAGACGCUCUCCUCGGGGCGCCACAGCCAGGCAGGAAGACAGCGCGUGGGCCGACCGUCCUCUCAGAUGCAGGCGAGGAGUCGGGGGGGGAGACGGCCGGGAAGAACGGCGAGAAGGAGCGCGGAGGCGAGCAAGCGCGCGAAGACGAGCGGCUGCUGAUGCGUCUAGCGAGGAAGGCGGAGCAAGACCGCCGCCGGAGACAGCAGAAACUCCGCCAGAAUCGCCACCAGCAGCGGCAACUCCUCACGCUGAUUCGGGAACAGAAGCUCGGGGGCGAGGACGGCGAGACGGAGGGCGAGCGAGGUCCUCGGGCGGAGGCCGGUACGGUUGGAGGGGCGCCUGAGGAAGACACGUCUCUCCUUUCUUCCUUGGAGGAGCAGCAGGCGCUGCUGCGGUAUUUACGCAGACAAGAGGAGCACCUGAUCGAGGAGAUCCUGCGAAACCAGGAGCGCGCCGAGGACCUCGCGCGCGGGGUACGUACACUCCGCGAGGGCGCGGCGGCGCGACGCAGGGGCCAGCUCCGGCCGUCUCUCCAGCUGCUGCGAGGCAUCCGGGUAUCCUUCCGCCACGUGAAGAGCUUCCUCGCCGACAGCGAACACCACCAGAACUUUCUGCGGAGCUUCGAGGCGCAACUGCUGCGUGCGUGGGGCGUCCUCUGGGUUGUCGCUGAAACCGACCCGAGAGACGCGGCGCCGUCGCCGCGCGAAGCAGGGAAAGAUGUGAAAGAGGAAAGCGAAGACGGCGAGGCGCAUGCACACUCGAGACAGAUCAAGCGCGAAGUGGAGGCCGAGUCAGACGCCGCCGACGGGCUGCCGACGCGCGUCGCUGCCGAUACACCGAGUGAAGCCAAGGAAGAAACGGAAAAGGAGAAGGCAGAGAUGGAAAAGGAAGAGAUAGAAAAGGCAGAGCGGGAGGAGGGAAAACAGUUGAAUGCGUGGGGCGGUGUUCGUGUGAUGAUGUUUCGGGUGCGUAAGGCUGCGGCUUCUCAAGACGGCAACUGGGGCAACUGCUUGGUGGAAGUUGGUGUGGACGAUUUGACGGUUGCUGAGGACAGCACGUUGCGGGAGUUUCUGGAAGAGCGUCAGAAGACUUUCCGUUUCCGCGCAGAUACAGACGAGGCACGUUUGGACGCCUCGGAGGAAUCUGCGAAUUCUCCGUGCCCGUCCCCGCCGGAGUCGCCUGGCGCCUGUCUCAACACCGAGCCUAACGCCGCGCCAGCCGAGAAACUUUCGCCGGUGCAAAGGCGUGACGGCGUCCUCGUUGUCUGGGGCCUGGACGGCUUGCAGCGAAAGCUGGUCCACGGCUUUGUUGCGUUGGUGGACGACGUGGUGUCUUGUUCGGUCCAGGUGAAGGAGGUGGGCGACGCGGGCCUCGCGCCUGGGGACGAGACUCUCGCGCACAGCAAGCGGGACGCGCAGGCGAAGAAGAAGAGCGCGCGCGGGGACGAGAAGGCGGUGAUCGUGCUGCUUCGGGGCGCCGGGGGAGCCCGAGACGCCUGCCUCUCCGGUCCGCCGCUGUUCUCUCCGGCCGCGGAGCUUCUGGCGGCGAUCGGCGUUCCCACCAAGCGCGGGCGACCAAAGGCCUAA